UUAUUUACCACAAACUGUCCGUUGAUGACCGAUCAGCUGCGUACAUACGAUAUGACGAAAGGAGCCCUAUCCCAUCCGUCUGUUGUUUUAUAGAGACUACAGAAAGACAGACUUCGAUGAGCACCGGUUGGAUUCUAUCAGAGAUCCACUGCCCGCCUAAGCGUUUUUUUAAAACAGGUCCAUCAGGCAGAUGAAUCAACUGUCACCACCGGGUCAGAACCGGUGUCACCUCGAAAAUCUACCCGUGGAGAUUAUUCAGGAGAUCUUCUUCCACUGCCUUGAAUUCAAUCUCCCGCGCGCCUCUCUGUGUAUCUCUAGGGUUCUUUCUGAUCCCACGAUCUACACUUGGCUUAUCCGACUCGCCUUCAGCAGCGCCAACGAGAGCUCAAAGAGUGGUUUCUUUACUCCAGACUUUCUACCGCCGCCUCUGAGCUUCUUCGCGCUCUCUGAACAUCAGCGAAGGGAUCUUCAAGAUGAAAUUCUUGCUUCUCGUUGGUGCACACUACCCUUGAUACGCAAAUGCCAAAGGGAGUACGUGGAACAUGCCAUUCGCCGUAAAUGUCGAGAUCUAGAUUUAGUCCCUGAUGAUCACUAUGCUCUAGCCAACAUCAACAGUCGCUUCAGUAACCUAGAAAGUUGCGACAAAGGCUGGGGAGGAUCCCGCAGUAAAGGCGAUUUGAUUCUGAAAGCUCGAGACCGAAACACCGACGUAGAGUACAAAGUCGCAGUAUGGUUUCAUUUCGGGGCGUUACAAGUCCGCAAGCCCAACAAGCUAGUCACCGACCUCGAUCUCUUUCGCCUUCCAUGCUGCUUGCCGGAGCUGCCGGCUUGCAUGCCAAACAAACUGCUCGGCCCACCUUGGACCGACACGAAGCUUGAAUUGCUCCAAUUGCUCUCUAUGGACGCGUACAUCGAUGCAGACGACAGCUUCACCCGUUCGCGGCGCAUCCUCCGCCAGGUCAUCCGGGACCGUGAUUUCCCGACCUUCCAGCGACUCGUCAACAUGCAUAUCCGCUGCCAGUGCUAUAAAUACCCUGUGCGCUGGCCUGUCUUCCCAACCCACUUCCAGGUAGCAUUGAAGUACGCGGACGAGCAUGACGAUCCAUUCAUCAAACUACUAGUCGAGCAACGAUGGGAUGAUAUCCCUGCAAAUCUGCUACAUCUCAAAGACCAAUUGAUGUCUAAAGCGGGGACGAGCCAUAUGUAAUAACGUCUUUAAUCAGCCUGCGCUUCUCUUAAGAAAUCCAUUGCUAUAAUACAGAGUUGGGGAAUAGAACUGAAAACACAAAAGCCGAUAGAAACCAAAGACGAAACAUCAAGCGUAUCCAUCGUAACUCAUAGCGCGCCGCGAUUCACAAUUUUAGAUUCUGGACCGCCGUGUUCGCGUUGUUCCUCUCCUCCUUCGUCCACAGUAACCGCAAGUCAGACAGGAGAUGAUCACAUCACAGAGUGUGACGACGCCGUCGAUGAUCGCUUUGCAGACCGCGCCGAUAGUAUUGACGAUACCCAUGAGACAGGCACCGAUGGCGUGGAAGACGCUUUGGAUCUGUGAUGUUACGUUAGAAUAUGUUUUCUGAUCAGACAAGAAUGAAGGGGAAAGAGGAGGGAAUCAUACACAGGACACAACAGCACCCAUCUUGAAAAGAUAUCAAUGGUUUAAGUCACUGGGUUGUUCUUGGUUUAAAUCAAACACUGAAUGAUGUCUUGGUAAAUCUGAAAUAGAGUCAUGUAUUGUGGUUUUCUUUCGUGGUAGAGUAUAAUGUAUUUGAAUUAUUCUGACCAUAGAAUCUCCCGAACCUAGAAUAGCACGAGAUAU